GGGACAAGGCCUAGUGUUUCUGCAUAGCUGCCCACUUUCAGGUAACAGUCAGUUGGAAACCCAACUCACCGAGCAGGAAUGAUUGGCUGUCAGUAGCGUCCAUGCUAAAACGGUGACAGCAGGUCACACUAGGUAUCACCUGACUUGAAUCAGAGAACUUGAGAGUGAGUUUCAGCGUUCAUAUCUUCUCACAUAUUUGCGACAUCCCUCCCACCACCGAAAUUGAUAACCCCUAUCUUAAAAGUCAACAAAACCCUGAACAAGACAUAUAGGCCUAUCAAGUCCACGGCCCCAAGCUUCAUUUUGGGAUGAUGCUCGACGCCUAUCUUUCAUCUGCAUCAAGCUGCCUAUCCCACCUGCUCACCAACGCUGUCCGAGCCUUCAGGCAACUUGGAAGCAUGAGGAGGAAGACUGUUCUUAUCGAGUCAUGGGACGUUACGGCCACCGUUCGGCCCAAAACACGCACAGAAAAGGAUCCGACGGUUGUGGAGCUUGAAAAAGCAGGUGUGAGACUCUUGGAGCUAGAUUAUUUUGAUGAAGCCACCAUCUCUCGAGAAGCGGCUCUGUACGGUGCCGAUCGACCUCUUGACCUCCUCAUCAACGUUGGUGGCCUCUCGCCUCAUCCAAAGCCAUGGCAGGAGCAAACAGGGGAGAUGAAGGUGAAGUUCCGCGUAAUGGCUUCAAUAUUUCCUCCGCCUUUGGCUCAGUUUCAAAACUCUUUUGGUACAUGCAUGGCCUGCCGUAUGGCGAAGACGGCUCUCAACCAAGGCACUGUCACCAUGGCACGUGAGUGGGAAAAGGAAGGACGAAAGCAGACGAUGGUGAAUGUCGAGCCUGGAUUCAUCUCGACCCGGCUCACAGGGUGGGAUGGGGUUGACGAUAUAACAACCUGUAUUGCUGGCUUAAUGAGGGUAUUCAAGGACAUUACGCCCCAGGACAACGGAACCCUCAUCAAGUGGGACGGGAACAGAAUUCCAUACCAAAUCAAGGAAAUGUUACGCCUUUCGAGUUCACCUAGCCCUGGACACCACUUCUCGCAGCACGAUCAAUGGUUACUGUGGCCAAUAGCGUUAGUAUGAAUCACGGUCCUUCGGCUUAAACUACCUACUUUGCAGUCUUCUCGGUUUCAAUAUAUAUCUCUAUCCCAGUUUGAAUAUUCGAUUUGUGAGUCCAUUUUUGGUUCUGCCAAUACCAAACACCUCUAAUCGGGCCAGAGGAAUGCAUGACAUCUCAAAGCCCCGCAUUUUCGACCAAUGAGCUUCCAGAAGGCGGUGGUGAGGUGUCAGUGCCGAAGGCUUUCUCCCAUUUGCGCUUUUUAGGCAGUUUGAGGGUUGAUGUGCUAAUCCACACUUUUCGAGGACCACAUUGGAUCAGAUUCACACAGGUCUACUUGAUCUCUAAGACUUCCACUGACAGUCAGUUCCCUACUGUCAAAUUUUGUCACAAGAUGGUGCCGACAAGCUUUCAAUACCGACCCCUUCCCCCCCCUCCAGCCAAGCUCAUCCGGCUCUUGUCUAUCCACCCGAGCGAAGACAAGACAGCCCCGAUCUGCCUAUCGUUUACGAAUCAACCAGCCUGCAUCGACAUUCAAGAUGAAGCUAUCACACCCUACGAAGCUCUGUCCUAUGUAUGGGGCUCCGAAGCCGACCCGGCUCCAAUCGCCAUGAUCACGAUCGACGCUGACGGCUCAACAAAACACAACACAAUGCUCGUCACCCAAAACCUUGCCACCGCGCUCAGACACCUCCGUCUGCCCUCGAGCCCGCGCACAAUCUGGAUCGACGCCAUCUGCAUCAACCAAAACGACUGGACCGAAAAAGGCCACCAAGUCAGUUUCAUGGGCGACGUCUAUGAAAAAGCAGCCCACGUCGUCAUCUGGCUCGGCCCCGAAGCAGACGAUAGCAACCACGCACUGAAUAUCCUCCGAGACAUCGGCUCCCAAGUCACCGUUGACUGGAACAUGCAAUCCAUGACACCCACCCCCAACGCCCGCGACCCCUCACUCGCCGACAUUGACGCCCCCUUUCCUGACGACGGGCAUUACACACCCCGCGACGCCAACGCCGUCGAAGCAUUACUCAACCGGUCUUGGUUUGAACGACUCUGGGUGUUACAAGAGCAAGCACUAGCAAACAACGCAACAUUCCAAGCUGGCCAUUCCACCAUCUCCCGCCUCGACCUCCGCAAUGCGGUCUACUGCACCAACGUCAAGAACUCUGAAGGGCCUAGCCCGAUGGCGAAGCUGUGCCGGACUGAUAGGGCUUGGCUGGUGGUUGCAAUGUGCAGGCCUAGAUUCCCUAUCAACCUGACAGAAAUGCGGACGUACUGCGAGGAGAUGAAGUGCAAGGAUCCAAGAGAUAGAGUUUUAUGCACUGUUGAGGCUGCUGAGUGGGUUUGAGAGGGAGGGGGGUGCUGCGGAGCUUGUGAGGCCGGAUUAUACUGCUUCUGUUGCCGAGGUGUAUGGGGAUGUGGUGUUGAAGUAUAUCCAGGCGACUAGGAAGGGGGAUAUUUUGGCGCAUGCGGGGGUUAAAGACGAGGAAGGGGGGUCAAAGUGGUGGCCGAGCUGGAUUCCGGAUUGGUCUUAUGAGAUGGAGAGGAAUAUGUAUGGACUGCCGUGCUCUGGGGGAGAGACUUUUCUUGCGGUUGUCACGGAUUCGUCUCUGGAGGGGACAUUUCUGUCUAUGGUUGGUGUCCAGUGCGCGGAAAUCACGGUUACGGCCCUGCCAGACGACACUACCACUCCUCUUGCCACGCUGGCCAGCUUUCGAAAGCUCUUCAGGGAUGUUUUCGCCAAAGUGACGGCUGUGCAACAGCCAAUUCUCCUAGAAAGCAUGAGCCGGGCAGUCAGCGCAGGCCGCUUUCGAGAGACGUUUAUUCCACCGGAAAACUACUACCUGCCUGUGUCUGACGUGACGGACAUGCUGCGCAAAGUCCUGACCACAUCUGAGGAUUUUCGUGAGGAGAAUAAUGUGGACACAAACUUGGUACUCCUAGGAAAACACAUGACGACCUGGGUUCAAGGACGCCAGUACUUCAUGACAUCUGAUGGCAGAUUUGGGCUUGGACCCAAGGCAACACAGCCAGGAGACAUCGUAUGUCUUUUCCUCGGGACAGACACCCCUCUAAUCUUGCGUGCAACAGAAAAAGACAGGCAUCGUGAGUUCUAUCAACUUGUUGGAGACGCCUUCAUGCAUGGUAUCAUGGCUGGCGAGCCAUUCUUAGGACCACUCGAAAGUUAUCAGCGGCAGGUGUAUGCAUUCAACGAGAGCAAUCGAGGCAGCCUGUCCAUCUUGGAUGAACGGACAGGAGAGGUCGUUAUCAAGGAUCCAAGGAUCGAAAGAUUAGGGCUAGGCCUUGAAGCUGUUGAUACUUUCACAAGUUCGGGUGGCGAGUUGAGAUAUGAAAUAAGUAUGCA